CAGCAGCAGAACCUCAGCAACAACGGGAAGAGGCCGUCCUCGCGCCGAGACCGGAACAAGAGGAGAGAGCGACCCGACAGGAAGUCUGAGAGCAGCCACGAUGGCGGCGAGAGCAAAGAGAACCAGGAGGCUCAGCCGGACCCGCUGGGAGCGCUGUCCAAAGACGACGAGUCCAAAGUGGCUCAGGAGGCCAAGAGCUCGGGUCUGAAGAAGAGAGGAGGUGAGGGUAACAAAAAAAAGUGGGUUUCUCUGCCGCUGGAGGAAGCGUCCCGGGACGACGCRCACAAGAUGUCCCGCUCAGACGCAGACGCCGUCAGCAGCUCGCCUGACGCCACGUCGCCCAAUCAAACGCUCCAUAAUAACAGACCGCAUGACACCAACUGGAGGUGGAGAGGGGAACCGCGAGACAACGUGGACGAUGCCAGYGCCGUCCGAAGCGACGGGGGGAUCCGUGGACGAGGAAAGGGUCGUGGACGUGGAAGAAGUCGUGGACGAGGUCGGUUCGAGUACUUCCGGGACUCACAGUCUUCCGACGGGUCUGCUCGGGCGCCCCCACCGUUCGGCACCAACAUGGUUUAUUAUUACGACGAYGGAAGCAAGGUGCAGAUGUACACGGUGGAUGAAAAGCUGCUCAAGGAGUACAUCAAACGGCAAAUUGAGUACUACUUCAGCAUUCACAACCUGGAGCGAGACUUUUUCCUGAGGAGAAAAAUGGACGUACAAGGCUUCCUGCCCGUCUCCCUCAUCGCCAACUUCCACAGAGUUCAGGCUCUAACCACGGAUACCAACCUCAUCAUGGAGGCUCUGAAAAGCAGCACAGAAGUGGAGCUGCAGGACGAAAAGAUCCGCUGCAAGGUGGAGCCCGAGCGCUGGCCCAUCCCCGCUCCGCCCGUCGUGGGUUCGCCUCGCACRGACUUCUCCCAGCUCAUCAACUGCCCCGAGUUCGUUCCCCGGCAGAACCUGGCCCCCUCAAACACGGCUUCACUGUCCGUGACGGAGCCUUCUCUGGAGUCAGCGCAGCCUGAGGAUUUAGUUAACGUCAGCCCCCCCAGCCAGGAGUCCCCGCCAGCACCACCUGAACCCAAAGACCCCCCGGCCCCCAAACCUGACCCUGAUGCCUGGAUCCAGGUGGAGAAACGCCACCGACAGGGAUCUGGAAAACCAAAGGGGGAGAACAAGUCGCCCCGCCCGACCCACCAGGCUCCGCCGCAGGCCGAGCCGGACCAGGAGGAGCUGGACUUCAUGUUCGACGAGGAGAUGGAGCAGCUGGCGCCCAGGAAGAACAAGUUCACGGACUGGUCGGACGAGGACGACUCGGACUACGAGCUGGACGACCAGGACGUCAACAAGAUCCUGAUCGUCACGCAGACCCCUCCCUACAUACGYAAGCACCCCGGCGGGGACCGCACGGGAAGCCACGAGUCCAGGGCCAAGCUCACCACUGAACUGGCCAAAGCCAUCAACGAUGGGCUGUACUACUACGAGCAGGACCUGUGGAAGGGAGAGGAGCAGGUGGAGUUCAUCAGCAAGGACGUGGAGAACUUCAAGAAGCUGAACGUCAUCAGCAAAGAUGAGUUUGACAUCCUCACGCCUAAAGCACCGGUUGACCCAAACCAGGAAGUCCCGCCUCCUCCCAUGCCAGUGGACAGCGGCGUGGAUCUGGCUCGCUCUCUGCCCACGACGGUUCCGGAGUCGCCCAGCACUUGUCAGCCUCGAACCCCCAGAACGCCACGCACACCCGGACGCCAGGACCCCAACAAGACGCCGCGCUUUUACCCCGUCAUGAAGGAGAGCGCCAGCAUCGACGGACAGAUGCCGAGGAAGAAGAAGACCCGCCACAGUUCCAACCCCCCUCUGGAAGCUCACAUCGGCUGGGUGAUGGACUCCCGGGAACACCGAUCACGUUCCGCAUCCAUCAGCAGCUCCAACGCCUCUCCGUCAGAAGGAGCUCCGCCCACAGGAGGCUUCGGCUGCACCCCCCAGUCCCUGCCCAAGUUCUGGCAUCCGUCCCACGAGCUGCUCCGAGACAACGGCUUCACUCAGCAGGGCUACCACAAGUACCGCCGACGGUGCCUGAACGAGAGGAAACGUUUGGGGAUCGGCCAGUCUCAGGAGAUGAACACUCUGUUCAGGUUUUGGUCCUUCUUCCUCAGGGACAACUUCAACCGGAGGAUGUACGAGGAGUUCAAACAGUUCGCUCUGGAAGACGCCAAAGACAACUACAGGUACGGACUGGAGUGCCUCUUCAGAUACUACAGCUACGGUUUGGAGAAGAGGUUCAGGUUGGAUCUCUUCAAGGACUUCCAGGAGGAGACCCUGAGGGACUUUGAGAAAGGUCAGCUGUACGGACUGGAGAAGUUCUGGGCCUUCCUGAAAUACUCAAAAAUCAAGAACCAGCCCAUAGACCCGAAGCUGCAGGAGCACCUUUCCAAGUUCAAGAAUCUGGAGGACUUCAGGGUGGUGCCUCCGACCGGAGAGGACGGAGGCAGGAGGAGGCGCCACUCGUCCUCCGGCGGCGACGAGGCGAGGCGGCGGCGACAAUCUGCCAACGUGACCUCGAAGCAAGCCUCCAAGCCCGCCUCCGAGAAAGCACCGGCCGCUCGCGGGAAGAAGCCCGACCCCAGAGGAGGGAAGGAGGACGGCGGAGACCAGGUCAAAUGAAGCUUCCUCCUCCCGGCGUGAGUCUGAGCAGAAGGUCUCCGGAGCAAAGCCAACUCGACCGGUUUCAGGGUCGGACCGGUGCCGAGCGCCGUUCGUUUGUUCGCCGUUAAAUUUCAUGGCUUUUAUCGGUGCAUUUCAUUUUAGAGCAAGCAAAUAACGUGCAUUCAGCUCGGAUCUGUUGGCCUGGCUCAUACGAAGAAAAAAAACAAGCCUUUUAACUAUCAGAUGCCAAACUCUUUGGGAAAAUUGUCAAUUUUACCAAAAUAAGAGCUCAUUUUUUUGUGCCUUGAUCUUCAUCAUGAGUUAGUGUGACUAAAUUCUGCUUAUUUUUUCCUUUAUUUUUCUUUUUUWAAGGUCUUCCUAAUUCUGAGGGGUUUGUUAACGUGACAACACUUGUGUGAGUUUUAUUUUUGACAAUCAGGUUUGCAGUUUAAAUUUCUGAAGGAUCGACCCCGAGGCUCCACUCUGACUGCCAAACAGAGCAGCUAAACAACUCAAAUAAUGUGUUUUUGAUUCAAAACGUCACAUUUUCUGUUAUUUUUCAUGAAUUCACCCCACGGUAGAUAAUUUAUUAUUCAUUUACUUGAUUGAUGCAAUAGUCUUAGGCAUUCGCUGCAGUUUUUAAAGGUUUUGCUGUUGAAUAUAAUUAAAAUAUAAAUUGUUUUUGGCUGGAAUUAUGGGUUUAUUGAGUCAAUUAUGCUUUUUCUUCACUGGACUUAAGAGGUUUUAGAGUUUAAAUUUAAAGAAAAAAAAGUAAAAAAUGUAAAUAUUAUAAAAAAAAUGAUUUGCUAUUAGAAUUAUUUGAUUUUAGAAAGUGAUUUGUUUUCUCAGCAUUGUUUUUGAGUGUAAUGCAUGUUUGAUGAAUUGUAAAAUACACAAAAAAAAGAUAAAAUAACUGAUUGUAUGCA